CCCUUUUACUCUUCACUCUCUACUGUCUUGAUUUGAGCCUCCGCACACUUUAUCUUCUUCUUCUUCCUCUACAGCUCAUCCAUGUCUUCUUCUUCUUCUUCUUCUUCUAAUUCCUCUUCCUCUUCUUCUUCUUCUUCUUUACUUUAAAGCUCUCAUAAACCGAAGCAAAAACGACCCACAUUGCAGAAAAACUCAUAAAAAAUGAACCUUCAUAACCUCUCCUUUCUUCUUCUUCUUCUUCUCUUCUUCUUUCAUUUCCCUUCUUCAAAACCAGAUCUCUCUUCCGACCGUGCAGCUCUUCUCGCCCUCCGCUCCUCGGUCGGCGGCCGUACGCUCUUCUGGAACGUCUCGCAAGCGAGUCCCUGCAACUGGACUGGUGUUCUUUGUGGACAGAACCGAGUAACGGUGCUCAGACUCCCCGGUGUAGCUCUGUCCGGAAAAAUCCCACUUGGCAUUUUCGGUAACUUGACCGCUCUCCGCACUAUCAGCUUCCGUCUGAACUCUCUCUCCGGCCAACUCCCUUCUGAUCUUGGUCUCUGUUCUAAUCUCCGUAAUUUAUACAUCCAAGGCAACCAUUUUUCCGGCGAGAUCCCCGAGUUUUUGUUCACUUUACAUGGCCUUGUCCGGUUAAAUCUCGCCAGUAACAAUUUUUCCGGCGAGAUCUCUUCUGGGUUCAACAAUUUGACGAGGCUGAAGACUUUGUAUCUCGAAAGCAACAGCCUUUCUGGUUCAAUUCCCGAGUUCAUGUUACCAAAUCUUCAGCAACUUAACGUUUCAAACAAUUUGCUAAACGGGACGAUUCCGAAAGCCCUUCAAGCUUUCGGGUCAAGUUCAUUUCUGGGUAAUUCUCUUUGUGGGAAACCGCUUGAAGAUUGCCCAAAAAGCGACAGUGUGAUUGUUCCAAGUAAACCCAUCGGUGGGGAUAGCAAUGAGAAAGGGAAAAAGAAGAAGCUUUCCGGCGGAGCAAUUGCCGGCAUUGUGAUUGGAUCCGUUUUAGGGUUUCUCUUAAUUGUAAUGAUUUUGAUGAUUUUGUGUAGAAAGAAGAGCAGCAAGAGAAGCAGGUCAGUUGACAUUGCUUCAUUGAAGCAACAAGAAGCUGAACUUCAUGGAGAGAAAGGAACUGUUGGGGAGGUGGAUAAUGGUGGUGGGUACUCGGUUUCGGUGGCGGCGGCUGCAGCCGCGGCAAUGGCGGGAAGUGCUAAAGGGGAAGUGAAUGGUAACAGUGAUGGUCCUAAAAAGUUAAUAUUUUUUGGAAAUGGAGGGAGAGUUUUUGAUUUGGAAGAUUUGUUAAGGGCUUCUGCGGAAGUUCUUGGAAAAGGGACUUUUGGUACUGCAUAUAAAGCUGUUUUGGAGAUGGGAACUGUGGUGGCUGUGAAGAGAUUGAAGGAUGUAACAAUUUCUGAUAGAGAAUUCAAGGAGAAAAUCGAUGCCGUUGGCGCAAUGGAUCAUCAAAAUUUAGUCCCUCUUCGAGCUUAUUAUUAUAGCAGAGAUGAGAAACUUCUUGUUUAUGAUUUCAUGCCAAUGGGAAGCUUGUCUGCACUUUUACAUGGAAACAAAGGAGCAGGUAGGACUCCAUUGAAUUGGGAAAUCAGGUCAGGCAUUGCGCUGGGAGCUGCCCGUGGCAUCGAAUAUCUGCACUCUCAAGGCCCUAAUGUCUCCCAUGGAAACAUAAAAUCAUCGAACAUUCUGCUAACGAAAUCUUAUGAUGCGCGAGUCUCUGAUUUCGGCUUAGCGCACCUCGUUGGCCCUUCCUCUACCCCCAACCGGGUAGCCGGCUAUCGUGCACCAGAGGUCACUGAUCCUCGCAAAGUAUCCCAGAAGGCUGAUGUCUAUAGCUUUGGUGUGCUGCUCUUGGAGCUUCUCACCGGAAAGGCCCCAACUCAUGCCCUCUUGAAUGAGGAUGGCGUCGAUCUUCCCAGAUGGGUGCAGUCCAUCGUUAAAGAGGAGUGGACUUCAGAGGUUUUCGAUCUCGAGCUCCUCAGGUACCAGAACAUUGAAGAGGAGAUGGUUCAGCUCUUGCAGCUCGCCAUAGAUUGCACGGCGCAAUACCCUGACAACCGCCCUUCAAUAUCCGAAGUAACAAGGCGUGUCGAGGAGCUAUGUCGUUCGAGCAUUCGAGAAGAACAAGAUCCUCAGCCUGAUCAGUUGAUCAAUGCAGAUGAUGCACCUUCACUAUGAGUAGUUACUGAAAAUUCAUCCCAGAAUUACAAUGUUGGUUUUACUUGUAUGUCUGAUUUGGAGCCAUCAAUCUUCAUUGUUUCAUUAGGAGCCAACUGUUUUUCAUCUUCAUUAUUAGUCCUUGUUGCACUAGAUUUUUUUUUUUUUUUUUUUUUUUAAAUUUUAAUUUCCAUUAAUAGUUUGAGGUGGAAACCUGUUCAAAUUGUUCUUGUUGGGUGGAAAGAUGGUGGUUGUAAUUAUUGUCA